UACAUAGAUAUGAUUAAAGGACCACAACCUUUAUACAAUAAAUUAAAUCACAAAAAAUAAUUAGAACCACCCCAACAUAAACACACGAAUAACUAGAUAAAAAAACGGGCAAGAUGGGUGAAAACCUGCGGGAGGACAUGUUGUCCAACUACAAAGAGUUGCAGAAAGGUCUUUCCGAGACGCUUGCCAUGCAAAGCGAGGAUGAUGAGGAGGUUGAGGCCUUGAUUCAUGAGUUCGAGGAGCAGCUCCAGGUCUUGGCCGCGGCCCUCAACGACGGAGAGACGAUCGAGGUGACGCCGAACCUCCAUAAAGUCGAGUUACCAAACGGAGCGGGGAAUAUCAUCCUAUACCCACCACCCACCGCCAAAUCCGAUGGGGAGGGGGGCUCGGAGAAUCAGGAAGCAACAUCCUCCCCUGGCGCCUCGUUGCAGUGUGCCCCGUAUGAGAUUUUUUACGAUGACCGGGAGUGGUAUCCAUGCGUGAUCACGGAGGUGGUGCCCCCUGCGCGCGCGAUCGAUCGGGUUCGCUACCGCGCGCACGUUUUAGGCUACCCCGUCGAGGAUGUCGUCUUCAGCGAGUCGCUGCGGUCGUGGCGGGCGACGACGAUCGGGGCGCAGCUCCGCAGCGGGGCGGCUUGCCACGCGAUCCACCCCACCUCGGGGGUUUACAAACCCGCGAAUGUCGUGCGUCUGACGUUGGAUGGAACCGUCAUCGUCUCCUUCGCGAAGGAAAAUUCCGCGGAAAAGGGAGAGGCUGCGGAGACGACUGCGCCAACCCACCUCCCCGACGCCAGCGAAGGCGAGGAAAACGAAAGCAAAGAUCGCGUGGAGGUCGAAAUCCCUCUUUCGCACGUCCACGUUGGGCAUUUCUACCCCGUUCUACGAAAGCGACCGCAGCUCACGGAGGAGGAACGGGAGGCGCGGCGUGUCGAAAACGCGCAACGGAAACGAAAUCGCAUCCAGCUGGAGAAGCAACUCAAGAUGGAUCGCAUCGCCCAAGACGCGAAUGACUGGAAGGCGAUGAUGGGGGACCUGAUGGGAGCGCGUCCGAAUAAGAAGCCGAAGCGCUAA